AACGGUGGGUGAACCGGAGCAGUGGCCGCAGCAGCUCAAUGGAAUUAAGGCAGGACGGUGUGGAGCUGAUGCGGGAUUCGAACCUCUGUCACAUCUCACCCCGUUUGUGCUCCUCAUCAGCUCGGACAAACGAUCCCAUGAUCCCCGUCUAGAUGCCCUUUAGCAUGCUACGCUAUGGAAGACGGCGGCAGGAGCUGGUCUUCCCUGUAGGAUGGUAGCGCACAGCGCCGUGGAUGACACGUCAGGCACGCCAGCGGAACGCCGAGCACCGCUCCCACACCCCGAAAACCAAACCCAUUUCCGCUCGUUCAGGAGCGAGAGCGACUUCAAGACCAUCGUCGACACCAUGACCAUGCUGGAGGAGAGUGGAUUCUAUUGGGGCCCCAUGACGGUCGAGGAGGCGCACCACAAGCUCAAAAAAGAACCCAUCGGAACGUACUUGAUCCGAGACAGUCGACAGAAUGACGUUUUCUUUACUCUGAGCUACAGGGCGCCUUCGGGACCCGUUAGCGUCCGGAUAAACUUUCAGAACUCACGUUUCAGCCUCAUGGGGAGCAAGGAAUCGUUCAAGUCGCUCUUCCAGCUGCUCGAACACUAUUCCAGCUCGGUCAAGAAGAAGAGCCUGCUGAUACCGUACAGAAAGGAACGCGUACGGUCGCUGCAGGACCUGUGCCGCAAACGGAUUAUCGAAAGCUGUGGAGCACAGGCUAUCGAACAAGUUCCGGUCAAUCCCGUCCUAAAGGACUUCCUCCGCUCUUUCCCGCACCCGCUCUAAAGACUCGGACGCAUUAAGACCCCGCCGGGAUUAAAUGCUCGUGAUACUUGACGGACUGUUUGCAUCCCUGUUGGGUUUGCACAAAGCAGGCACUUUGUAGCACAUUUUGAAAAGACUUGAACAGUCCAGAUUGGAAGUUUACAUCAACGUUGAAUGUUUACACUAUGCAGGAAACUUCCUGCGACUUUAUUUUUGCUAUGCAAAAAGCUAUAUUUUUAUAUCAGUAUUUUUAUAUUAAUAAUAAA